UCUCAUCUCUAGCCGCAUUCUACUAAUGUUGUGUUUAUUUCAAUAAAAUUUGUGUUUUUUGGUUCUUUUGACCUCCAUUUAUACUAAUAAUGUCACGAAACAGCGUGCUGACCGAUGAGCAAAGCAAACUAAAUGCUCGCCUGGAGGCACAUAUGGUCUAUAUAUGCCCCGAAUGCGGCAAGGCGUUUCGUACACAAGCCGAGUGGCGACAACACUUAAAUACGAAGCACGACUACCUCAAAAAGACCUAUGCAGAUUUCAAUUUUAUUCAAAUCGAUGAGAAUUUCCACGAGUGCCAACUUUGCUUUAAGUGGGUGGAGAAUGCCCACAAAACAAUCGCCCUCCUACAAUACCAUUACUUUAUGCAUCUGGAUCAUCGCGAAACUUACCGAUGUGUACACUGUCGCCUGGCGUAUACCCGGCGACGAGCAUUAAAUGAACAUCUGUUAUCCACGCAUAUAAAAGAGAUUGAAAAGUAUGAGGCCAAGUUGAAGCAAGUGAAACGUAGCCAGGAAGAUAAAAAAGCACCAAAAGGUAAAGGUGCAAGGCAGCCGCGCAGGCGCAAUGAUCUGUUGCAAAAGGCAUUAAUGGACAUUGAUCUGCAAACGGAAGAUCAGGAAGCAGCAACGCCAUCAGCUAUUCCUCCAGUGAAAGCUAAGCCCAAUGCCAGUGAACAGGCGCUAGAUCGCUGCUUAAAUGCCUACGAGGACAUUGUGCGUAAGGAAAUGGAGCAAAAACAGUCGCAGGAUGUGCAAUACGAAGCAGAUUUGGAUGCACUGUGCCAAGAGUUCUUUGAGGAGCGGCUUGAGGAAACUGAUAAAGUGGCUAAGCCGACUGAAGCACAUCCCCAACAAAAUAAGGAAGUGGUGAUUAUUGAAAUCGAUGCACUGGGCAAGGAUGAAGUGGAUAAAUUAAAGAAGAAAAUGAAGUCAGAACCAAAAACAGAUACAGAAAUAACACCGCCGCCCAAACGUCGUCGUUUAACAACAACCCCCGAACAGGAUGGCGAUGGAGAUGUUAGCAUCAGUGGCCUUGCGAAACUCGUUUCAUACUUGUGUCCCAAGUGCGGUAAGGAAAUUGAAUCCAUGGAUGACUGGCGUAGUCAUGUAUUUAAGAAGCAUAACUUCGAGCACUACAUUGAGAAUAGCUUCAAGAUCAAGGAUCGACAAAGCAUUUGCCUACAAUGCAAUGAGGUGCAGCACACCACCAAACGCACUGAACUGCAGAAGCAUUGCUUUAAGCAUUUACCCUUUCGGUCAUAUUUGAAGUGCACUUUAUGCGACCGGACCAAGACAAGCAUGUCAAAGAUGUACAAUCAUAUACGCUACAAUCAUCAAGAGGAGCUUCAGCGCAAGAACAAAACCCAAUUGCUUAUCAAACCGGAGCCCAAAUGGACGAUUCCGCAACGUUCAGUUAACCAUCGUGAAAGUUCUGAGCCUGAUCGUCGAAUCAACGAACCGGAGGAGGAACGCAUAUGCAAAUAUUGCAAUAAAAUAUUUAAAACACACUGGCGUUUCGAGCGCCAUGCGACGCUGUGCAAGGCGCAUUCAGCGCCCAAAUCUACACCAGAUAUGACGGCCGAUUCAUUGCUUAAGCAUUUGCACGAAGGGCGAUUACGCAUGAAUACCAUAUGGAAGAAAAUGCAAAUGGAGGUGUAUUAGUUUCUAGUUAGUCUUAUAUGUCGAACAGUGGUAGUAGUAGCAUUAAUUUUUUUAAAUAAAUAAAUUUCAGACAUACCAUUUCUAAUCUA